UUCGGAGGCACUCGCACGGCAUGGAGGAUACAGACAGCACCGGAGACUCGGUUCCCGGGAAGUUAUCUGCCUCUCAGCGUAGGGCAGAGAUCCGGAGGCGGAAGCUAAUGAGUAACUCGGAGGAGAGAAUGAAUAGGAUCAUGGGUAUUCAUAAGCCACCCAGCAUCGAACUGCGAAUUGAAAGACUUGACAAACCAGACUCUCUGCCAUUACAGUCGUCAUUGUCUAAGCAAGGCACUAUAUUUUCUGGAGAUACUGGCACUUCAAAUGACCACUCUUGUGGAGAAGGCUCUACAUCCUACACAGAGGAACGUAUGGACUUCAACAGGAGUUCUGAUUUCAGACAAGAUAGCAAUGGACUUCGAAACAGAACAGAUGUUACUUCAGAGUCUACCCCAAGAGGCUUAAACCAAUAUUUAACAAGAUUUGAUGAAGCAAUGAAACUGAGGAACCAGCUCAAUAGUGAGAAGCCAGUUCCUGAGAGUAGCAAUGCAGUAGAUGAAAUGGACUGUUUCCGCAUUUGUAGACUUGUGGGAAGUGCCAUUCUUGCUGUGUUUGUAAGAAUGUUUGUGUGCAAAUACUUGUCAAUAUUUGCUCCAUUCCUCACAUUGCAACUUGCAUUUAUGGGAUUGUCUAAAUAUUUUCCCAAG